AGUUUGGAGUCCUCAAAGAAGCCCAACAAGACGCCAGUGAAACAAAACGGUCCUGCAGGAAAACCAUCCGGCUCAGGAAUCAUACCACAGAUGAAGACACCUGCCCCGGGAAAAGACAAACCCCAGGCCGGCCCGUCUAAAUCUCCCUCCCUGACCGAGAUUAAGAGCAAGUUGUCAACGACCGCCAAGGAGGGAAAACCUCUCCCGAAGACGGAGCAGAAGUUUGAGAAUUUCGUCAAGAGUUCUUUUAAAAUCUCUGACAAGAAAGUGGUCAAGGACCUUUGGAGUUUUGUACAAACACUGAAGAUCGGGAAGAAGUAACAAACCUUUACAAUUUGAAGCAUUUUUAUAUGUUUUGCAUCCUGCAAGACAUUUAAAGGCACAGUCAGCGACAUUUCCUACUUGGCCUUAUUACGUCAUCAUUACUAACUCUGACUUGGAGUGAAGAUGGACUGAGGGUUAGGUAUAUGGGGAAAGACUUUACUGAUUCAGAUUUUUAAUUUUCUUUUAGUUGGUAAGAUGUGAAGCACCUCCUGAAGCUAGUUUGCAAUUCACACUUGAAUGAACUCAAUCAGCCACGUUCAGCAGGUUGCAGAUUUUCUAAAAGUAGUAGCUUCAUCACAUGCAAAUCUGAACCACUUACAAGGAAGGAAAGGAAUAACAAUACCCAUUAGGAUCUGCAGAUAUGGCUGCAUUCCAAUAUCUAUGAAUCAUAACUAUUAAGUAUGCAAGAAAAACAUUUGGCAUCCUUUGAUACAUGGAUGUUAAACAUGGUGAUAUUCUUCAGUAGAUACACUACAGAGAUUCACUCUGGUUAGCACUGCUUCUAUACAUUUCCAUUGAUCUCCAAGAUUUACAAUUUUCCAACAGAAUUCAAAUUGAGCUACAGACUAUUAAGUUAGCCCGAUCAAGAAUGUUCAAAGCACAGUGCUAUGACGAGGUAGCAUGUCCGAUUGUUUGCAUACUUCAUGCUAAGUAUGUUCUUUGUGAGGACGGCUGCAGUGUAAAAAAAAAAAAAGUUGAUUCAUUUUUUUAAACUUGCUUCACCUACAAGCAAUACAAGUUGCACAUGCAAAUAUCAACAGCUGAUUUAAAUAAGAGAUCAAUUAUUAGAUAACAAAGUUUACUCAGAAGAGUCCAGACAGAAUCUAGUGAAGUCACUGCUUGGAUUUUGGUUUUCUGGUCAUACCCUGUUUAACACAAAGAUACCUUUGCUGUCUGUGAGAUUUGGAAAUGUAACUUUUAAUAUACUACUAUUAAGGAGAAAGACAUGUUUAAACUCUACACACCAGGGUUCUUUGAUGUACAUUAUAAAAACGCAACCAGCUGCUGACUGCAGGUGGAGAAACUUUCUAGUUUGCAGAAGUUAUUCCUUUCCUUGCUUGUAGACGGAGAGAUUGGUAUGCCUACAUUUCUUUUUACAAAGUUGGGUUAUGUUGCCUGGAACUGCACCUUACAAUCUGCUAAUGCUGCUGCUCUUGCAGUGUGAUGCUAUGAGCUGAGCCUAGUUUCAGGUGCUUCGCAUCUAUGACACCGUGUUCUUAAGUCCACAAUGCAAUAGGAGAUAUUGCAGAAUGUGCCUUUAAAUAUCUCUACUGUAAAUUGAGAGUCACCAGAUGUGUGAAUUUGAGCCGUGAUUACAAGGAUGGUUAAGACAUCUGAGCGGGGGGGAGGGGGGACAGUGAUGACAUCUUUCCUCUUGAGAUGUUUUUGUGUUAUUUUAAGUUGUGUCUGGCUUUAAAAUGCAUUUUUAGCUUGCAAAACUUUCUGAUUGUACUAUGAAUCUGAGAAAUUGCUUGAUACGUAUUGAACAGAAACUGGUCAGUUUAUGUUGAUGUUUAUGUUUUUUUUCUGUCCUUCAAUUUUGGUAAGAGCAACCCCUGCAGCAGAACAUACCUGCAAUAAUCAGGUGUUUUCUAUAACUCUUAAGGGCCAACAACACAAACACAACAAAAUAUUAUUAUGUCUUUAUUUGAACUCGAAAAUCAUUGAAAGCAUAGCCUUCAUUUACAAUGACGUUGAGCAGGAUAAACAAUGAAAAAUAAAAUAUAUGUACACUUACACAUAUACUGUAUACAUACACACAUAAAAAACACAUCAUAGAUAAACAAAAUCAGUUAAAAACCGACAAAUCGAUAAUAAGAAGUAUUAAUACCGAAGCAUCUUCAUCUAUGUUUGCAGUUUUAAUCUCACUGCUGUUGCUCAUCAUCAUCAUGUAAACGUUUGCGUUAGCAGGACGUGUGUCAGCCAUUGUUUUACAUCCUGGCAUUUCUGAACAGUGUUAUAUCUUAGUGUUUUAAUUAGAGCCUGACCGAUUCAUCAGCCAGCCGAUAUUAGCGUAUCAAGUGACUAUCGGUGUCGGCUAAUUUUAUCGCAGAUAAGCGCGGAUAUUACUAGAUUUAUUCACCAGUCAAAGAAUCUCUUUCACCAGCAGAGGGCGCUAUAUGGAUUAUAACGAGCAUCAUCACUCUCCAGAGUGUCAAGCUGCAACACACAGGCGCAGUUACUUUCCAGUUCAGUGACCAUCAUGUCCUCGUUAUCCUGUAUAUCUUUAGUGUUUGAUAAGUGUUUGAUAACGCAUUCAAUGUUUAUUUCUAUAUCUACCCACUUCUACAGAUCGACGAUAGAUCAAAGAAAGAUAUCGGCCGAUUUAUCGGUAUCUGAUUUUUCUCUCUUCCUAAUGUCGACAUAUCGGCAUCGCCCCCAAAAAUCCAUAUCGGUCGGGCCCUAGAUUUAAUACUUCAAUCCAAAUGUAGUCACAUUUAUAUUAGCAUCAUGGAAACAUGCAGAACCUGCAAAUGUUACAAACACGCUGACUCGACCCGUUCAGAGCGAAUGAAUUCAUAUCAAGCCCGUUAACGUGCGUCAUAACCUAAAGGGUGAUUACAGAUCAAGUGUUCAGAAGAGCGACACACAAAACCUUACAAAGAGUAUUAUGAGGUCCAUAAAAGCAACACAGAUAGACGCACAGACUCAAAUGAUUUUAUAAACACAACAUACACAGCAAGUUAAAAACACGGCUAACUAGCUCCAGGAGUAGAAUUUACGACGUGUAAUCAACGCUGUUAAAACAUAUUACAGGCCUAUGAUUAACACAGACUUUCUUAUUUAUUGCAACGUAAUCACAAGGUGUAUAUCAGAGGGACAUGAGAGCCCAUAAAGAAGUCAAACCCGGUAAUUGUUUGCACUCUUGUGUAUCAGCACUCUGGUGACAAUAAGCACUCACACCGGCUGUGCGUAUGAUGUGUUUAUGAUCCUGUUUGAGGCCUUUUUUACGAGACAAAUGUUGGCGGCUGGGUACCAUCUUAAGCCAAUCAAAUCACUUUGUCUAACCUAAAAAAAACUAUUUAAAAUUCCUUACCUAUAAACUGUACUGUAAUAAUGUGUCAUAAAAGUCGCUCUGGUCAUUUACCGUAUCAGUAGAUUUUAAAUUACGUCUGAAAUUUCUCAGUUUUCAGAAGGAGCAGCAUUUCUCAUGGUUUGUGUGCGAGUUCCUUCAAAGUCCUUCAUCAAUACUAUCUUUGAACACUUCCCUUGUAUCAAACCAAUUGAACGUCUCUGUAAAUACAUCUCUUGCUUUUUUUUUUAAAUACGGCAGCUGAAUUAUGAUAUAUGUUUAAGUGUAUGCGUAAUCCGCCCUCGCUAAUCGCUGAUUUUGCAGCUUGAAAAUGUUGUAAUGAUCUUUUAUUUGAAACAUUGUGUUUGCUAGUUUGGAGUAGACGUGUGAUUUACUUGUUAAAUAGUUUUUAAUUUCUUUCCUGUUUUUUUUUUUGUGUGAACUUUUUUUUUAACUUUUUUUUUUUUUUAACUCUGCUGUCGUUGUAUCUUGGAGUCACUCUCCUUUUGAUUCUGUGCUGAGAGGAGUUUUGAAGCCAUCAUGAUGUCCAACGACGCAUCUUUGUGUAGUGACAACAAAAUCAAUUUGAAGUUAAGGUCCCUGAAAUGCUAUUGGCAAAAAAUGAUGUUAGAAACAACAUAGAGUUGUCUUGGUUUUGAGCAGUAGUGUACGACGGAGGAUUAGGGCCAUGUUAAAAAAAAAAAAA